AUGUUGACCUACAUGAAGCAGAGGAAAAAAAUUCAGUUUCACACUGGAAUAUCAAGAGGACUGUCAUCGGUUGAUCUGAGGUACAAGGCGGCUAAUUCCAGUGCUAAUGUCUCUGGAAGUACUGGCACACUUCUGACUGUAAAAAGAAGAGGAGAAGCAGAGGUUCUUAAUGGCGAACAAAUUCUAGAUGAUAUUGAAAAGACUUUGCUAGGAAACCAGAGCUUAGAGUAUGAUCCAUACAUCGGAGUAAGAAAACGAAGAAAAUACUCGGUUGGUUUGGAGGAGAAGCCAAAGAUCAUGGCCUCACUUGUAUUUCAUCAUGUGGCUGCGUAA